CAUGGUUGGCGUUAAGGUUAAGCCCUUAAACCAUCUAAAUCGUCUCCCUCUCUCUCUCGCCGGCGAGAUUCCGAUCAACAUAGCGAUAGUUGCAGAUUAGACUUGGCAAGAUGAACACGAUAACGAGGCGAGUCACGGGGUUGGUGACUCGAGCGAGUUAUUACCUGCUGCAGCAGGAGCGAGGGAUACGAGUGAAGGUUCUGAACGGGAAUAUGGAGCAGGCGCUCUCGAUCAUGCAGAGGAAGAUGCAAUCGAGUGGAAUGGAGCGGCUGAUAAAGCAGCGCCAGACUCAUCACAUUAAGAACUCCGAGAAGAAGGUUCUCGCUAGGAAGAAUCUGGAGCGUAGGAUCCGAUCCGAGGAUUUCUCCCGCAAACUUCAGUCAAUCCUCAUUAAGAAAGUCAGAGGUUUAUGAGAGUGCAGUUGGAAGAAUCCGGACUGCUGUUUCGUUGCUUUUCUGGGAAUUGGUGUUCAUCGAUGUUAGGAUGUGGUGCGAUGCAGUUUCGAUUCGGAUUCUUGGGACUCGCACUUUCAGUGAAAGGGUUUGGAAGAUCUUGGAUUACUAUUCUCGGUUUUCCAUUUGAUAGUAAUAUAGUUUCCUUUGAUGUACAUGAGCUUUGAUUUACCCAAAAACCAGCCCCAUUUCCAAACCCUAAGUUUCAUGACAGAAACCAAACUGAUGCAGC